CACGCGCUCCAGCGGCCGCGCGCAUCCUCUCCUCUCCUCUCCUCUCCUGUCCAUGAACGCGCAGCAUCCAAGGACGGACCGCGGGCUCGCGAGCUUCAGGUCAUCUGGAAGUCCGCGAGCAUCAACCGACAGAAAGGCGACCGACAACACCGACACACCGACACACACACACACACCGACACACACACCGACACACACACAGACAUCAGAUGAGGAGAGAACACGGAGAGACUGGUUCAGUGUGAGAGAGCUGCGAUGGAGACGCGGUGAAUCAACAGGACGAGGCGCGAGACGGUCUCAACAAUGUCAGCGGGGUUUGUUCCGUUAAACUGUCAAUGAACACCAACAUUUGAUCCACCACAGAAGAAGAAACCGGGACUGGAUCCUCCGGUGUGGCACGGUGAGGCGCACAGCACCGAGCACUCGGCACCGGAGGGCUUCAAUAUUUCACUUAGUAAUUAAUACAACAACAACAUCCACCUUUAACCUGACGGACCCGAGGACCGGACAGAACCGGACACGGCACCAGCUGACGGGACCGAGCCCACACUGGGAGCACUGGGAGCACUGGGAGAGAUCACCGUGAUCUGAAGAAAUCACAGACGGUGAAAUCAACAGGAGACUCGACGACGCAGUUUGUAACGGAAUUCUGACCCUGAGGCGGAGAACUGGGUUGGAUCUGACAGAGACCUGCUGCAGGACCAGGACCAGGACCAGGAUCUGAACCAGGACCGGGACCAGGACCAGGAUCUGAGCCGUCUGUAAACAUGGAGCUCCUUCGUGGCGUGCUCCUCCUCACCGUGCUGCAGUGCUGUUCUGUGGCCCGUGGCGGCUGUGAGCCUCGGCUGGUGAACAUCGGCGCCGUGUUGAGUCAGAAGCGCUACGAGCAGGUGUUCAAGGAGGCGGUGAGCCAGGCCAACACGCUGUACGGGAAGGAGAAGUUCAAGAUGAACGCCAUCUCCGUCACUCACAAACCCAACGCCAUCCAGAUGGCUCUGUCUGUCUGCGAGGACCUCAUCUCCAACCAGGUGUAUGCGAUCCUGGUCAGUCACCCUCCUCAGUCCAACGACCACCUGACUCCAACACCUGUCUCCUACACCGCCGGUUUCUACCGGAUCCCUGUGGUCGGCCUGACAACACGCAUGUCCAUCUACUCUGACAAGAGCAUCCACCUGUCGUUCCUGAGGACGGUGCCUCCGUACUCCCACCAGGCUCAGGUCUGGUUCGACCUGAUGAGAGAGUUCAGGUGGAAUCACAUCAUCCUCAUCGUCAGCGACGACCACGAAGGCCGAGCGGCUCAGAAGAGACUGGAGACGCUGCUGGAGGAGAGGGAGACCAAGACUAAAAACAGGAACUAUGAAAACCUCGACCAACAGAACUUUGACUUCAGGAGAACACCCAAGGCGGAGAAGGUGCUGCUGUUCAGUCCAGACACCAACCUGACGGCUCUGCUGCUGGAGGCCAAAGACCUGGAGGCCCGAGUCAUCAUCCUCUCUGCCAGCGAGGAUGAAGCGGCGGCGGUGUAUAAGGCGGCACGGCAGCUCAACAUGACCGGCUCUGGUUACGUGUGGCUGGUCGGGGAGAGAGAGAUGACGGGCAAAGCGCUGAGUGAAGCUCCAGACGGCCUGCUGGGCCUCCAGCUGAUUAACGGUAAGAACGAGUCGGCUCACAUCGCGGACGCCGUGGCGGUGGUGGCUCAGUCUCUGCAGGAGCUGUUUGAGAAGGAGAACAUCACAGAGCCGCCGCGGGGCUGCGUGGGAAACACCAACAUCUGGAGGACCGGACCGCUUUUUAAACGAGUGCUGAUGUCGUCCAAGUACCCUGACGGUCUGACAGGACGGAUCGAGUUUAACGACGACGGCGACCGACGCUUCGCCACUUACAGCAUCCUAAACUACCAACAGAAGCCAGGUCGCCUCGUCCAGGUCGGAGUCUUCAAUGGAUCACAGGUUGUGAUGAACCCUCAGAGGAAGAUCAUCUGGCCUGGAGGAGAGACAGAGAAACCAGUCGGAUACCAGAUGUCGACUAAAUUGAAGAUUGUGACGAUCCAUCAGGAGCCGUUUGUUUACGUGAAGCCAACAAAGACUGACGGGACGUGUAAAGAAGAGUACACCGUCAAUGGAGUCUUAAUCAAGAAGGUGAUCUGUACUGGACCCAACGGGACCAUACCAGGUCAGCCCAUCGUCCCUCAGUGUUGCUAUGGUUUCUGCAUCGACCUGCUCAUCAAGCUGGCGAUGAGCAUGAACUUCACCUACGAGGUUCACCUGGUGGCUGAUGGGAAAUUUGGCACGCAGGAGCGAGUCAACAACAGUAACAAGAAGGAGUGGAACGGGAUGAUGGGGGAGCUGCUGGGAGGUCUGGCCGACAUGAUCGUCGCUCCCCUCACCAUCAACAAUGAGCGCGCUCAGUACAUCGAGUUCUCCAAACCCUUCAAAUACCAGGGACUCACCAUCCUCGUCAAGAAGGAAAUCCCUCGCAGCACUCUGGAUUCAUUCAUGCAGCCGUUCCAGAGCACACUGUGGCUGUUAGUCGGUCUGUCGGUCCACGUGGUGGCAGUGAUGCUUUACCUAUUAGACCGGUUCAGCCCGUUUGGAAGGUUUAAAGUGAACAGUGAAGAAGAAGAAGAAGACGCCCUCACCCUGUCCUCUGCCAUGUGGUUCUCAUGGGGAGUACUGUUGAACUCUGGGAUAGGAGAAGGAGCUCCCAGGAGUUUCUCAGCGAGGAUUCUGGGUAUGGUGUGGGCAGGUUUCGCUAUGAUCAUCGUAGCAUCGUAUACUGCUAACCUGGCAGCCUUCCUUGUGUUGGACCGGCCUGAGGAGCGCAUCACUGGCAUCAAUGACCCCAGGCUGCGUAACCCAUCAGAUAAGUUCAUCUACGCCACAGUGAAGCAGAGUUCGGUGGAUAUCUACUUCAGACGGCAGGUGGAGCUGAGCACCAUGUACCGGCACAUGGAGAAACACAACUAUGAGAGCGCUGCUGAGGCCAUUCAGGCCGUCAGAGACAAUAAACUUCAUGCCUUUAUCUGGGACAGCGCUGUGUUGGAGUUCGAGGCGUCACAGAAGUGUGAUCUAGUGACGACAGGAGAGCUGUUCUUUCGCUCCGGAUUCGGGAUUGGAAUGAGGAAAGACAGUCCGUGGAAGCAGAACGUUUCUUUGGCCAUUCUCAGCUCUCAUGAGAAUGGCUUCAUGGAGGAUCUAGACAAGACAUGGGUUCGAUACCAGGAGUGUGACUCCAGGAGCAACGCCCCCGCUACCCUAACCUUCGAGAACAUGGCAGGUGUGUUCAUGCUGGUUGCCGGGGGCAUCGUCGCCGGGAUCUUCCUCAUCUUUAUCGAGAUCGCUUACAAACGUCACAAAGACGCUCGGAGGAAACAGAUGCAGCUGGCCUUCGCUGCUGUGAACGUCUGGAGGAAGAACCUGCAGGAUAGGAAAAGUAGAGCAGAGCCCGAGUCCAAACCCUCUUUUAGGUCCAUCACUUCGACCUCCGACCUCAAACGCCGUAGGGCCUCCGGGGACGCCACGCCGUACCCGACUGACAUCACCGGACAGCUCAACCUAUCAGAUCCCUCCGUCAGCACGGUGGUCUGAGAGCGACCCAGAGAGAGCUACACUGCUGCUGCUGAGCCACACACACACACACACACACACAGACACACAGGCCCUCUGGAUAAACACACACACGUCAUAUGAUAUAAACACAUGAAACACACAGAUGGACAGACCGAGCGUCCUCUGAGACAGGAAGUAGAAUAUGAUGACAUCAGGACCUUUGGAAGCAUCAUACUGUGCAAACACACACACACACACACACACACACACACCAUCUGUCAUCUCAACCCUCCACACACACACACACACACACACACACUCGCCUUGCUCUGCUUGUAGCCGUCAGCCUCAUCCACCCAGAGGGUCUUUUAUUUUGAAAGAACUGUCUCUGAUAGGUUUUAUUUUGGUUGAUGUCUUUGAUGUUGUACAGUUUCCUGUUUCCUGUCCGUCACACCGACCCAUCUAUCCUCCGAUUCUCGCCGGAAACUCGAGCUCCAGCCCGCAAACACACCUGCCGAUCGAUCGGGAACCUAUUGAUCGAUCAGGAACUUGUUGAUCGAUCGGGGAACCCGUCGGUCGAUCGGGGACCAGAUCACGGUUCAGAGCGUGGUGGGUGGGCGGAGCCUCUGGGACAGGAAGCGUUUUCUUUAACGCGUCCUGCGUCACUGAGCCAGACGGUGGGGAGCCGUCAGCGCUGAGGCUCAUGGGUAAUGAAGUCCUGGUUCAGUGAGUCAGGAGGAAACUUUGUUUGAACCAACAGUCAGCAUUUAUCAGACGUAUAUAAAGAGUUAAUAAACAGAUUAUUACACAAUGAUUUCUGCAGAUAUGACGACUUUUUGUUGUUUAUUGUUUUUAUUUAUGAGGUGUUUAUUUAUAAACAUUCUUCACCCUCAUAAACAAAGUGAUGAAGAUGAUGAGGAGCAGCUGUAGAGAUAUGACUCAUCUGAUCUGAAGCCUUUAUAUCUGCUGUGUUAUAAACUGUUUAUUAACUGUUAUACUGCUUAUAAAUGCUGAACAGAGAGGUUAAAGUUCAGCUCAUCAAUAAUAAACAUUAUUACAAAGGAAAUGAUCCCACCUUUAAAUAUUUAAGAAAUUAUUUUCAUUAUUUUCAAACAUUUAAAAAUCUACAUUUAUGAUUUUAUGGUUUAAUAUUAAGUCCUGAGAGAUGUUUCAGAUGCACACAGAACACACUUCAUCAUCUCAAUGUGACAAAACUAAUAAUAAUAAUAAUAAUGAUAAUAAUAAUAAUAAUAAUUAAUAAUUAAUAAUAUUUCCUGACUGCAGAGUUGAUGUGUUUUCACACUGAUGUCAGAAACAUGUUGAAAUUCUCUGUUUGACAUGAAAACAAGUCAGUCAGCUGAUCGCUCUCGUCACAGUUUCAGUGUGAAGCAGUUGAAGCUUUUAUAAAACACUUUCUACAUGAAAUAAACACACAGCUGUAAAACAACGUAUUGAUCACAGAUCAGAUUUAUUUUCAUCAGCAGCUGAUUCAGAUAUUUCUGACAUGUCUGCGUUUACUUCCUGUUAAACGAACCUUCGACUCAUGAACGUGUGUGACAGGUGUUCUGUCGCCCACCUGAACCUCAGCGUUCAUGAGAGAUGAAGGUGAGACGCUUCAGCUGAAACACGCAGAGCAGGUCAUGUGAUAUCCUGCGAGUUUGUGCUCAACGAAUAACGUUACGUCCCAACGUACAGUCACGUAAAUAACGUGAAGUUACGAUAGGUCAGGGUUAGGAAGGGAAACACAGGACAUGUACGAAUUUCAGUGCGUUGCUUUUCGUAGGAAAACAUACAAAACAUUAGUGACUGAAGACAGUCAGAAGAAAACGACUUUGGGCUCUUAUUGCUUCCAAAGGUUUUUUGGCCUCGUACAAAGAAACAGUUCAGCACACACUCAGGUUUAUUUUAGUUCAGCUAUCUGUUUGGAAAUUCAUGCAAAUCACCACAUGUUUAAUUAUAUAAUCACUUAUUUGUAAAUUUAAACAUUAAUUUCAGAAAACUUGUGAUACAAAAAAAAAAUGUCUUAAUGUGAGAAGUCUCAGAGUUCAUUAUAACUCAUCUCACACACACACACACACACACACACACACACACACACACACACACAGACACUCUGUCACAACUCUCAGUUUAUGGUUUAAAACUAAUGAGCAGUAAACUCUUGGUACUGAUCCGUCCCCAGGUGUCAGGUGUGUAAUCUGUAACUCAAACACAGUUCUUUAGUUCUUCACAUCAGGAGGAAACAGGAGUCUGCAGACCGGAGACCGUUGUUUUAAUUUGGUGUAUUCAGGUUUUUGUUUGUUUUUUAUUCUUAUCACAAAAAAUGUCCUUUUUUCAUUUUUGGUUUAAAACAAAGGAACUGUUUGUGUUUUGUUUCGUUUGUUAUUUUAGAAAUGAAUAAGAGAUGAUCCAGUGACACCUGACCAUGACGGCGUCAGCGGGUUUUGUUUGUCAGAUUAAUUUUUAUUUUAAACUCUUUGGUCUGACGACAGUUACAGAGUGAAUAUGAAUAACUUGCAGGAUAAUCCAGGAGCAGACACAUAAUCUGAGGAGCCAGCAACCUCUGAAGAACCUAAAUGUGUGAGCACACACGUUUAAUUUGAGUUUUACAGUUUGUUAGAAUUUGAUUUUGGAGACAGAAUGUUUCUGUUUUCUAAAUAAAAAAGUCCUAAAACGUAAAAUAACUAUAAACACCAUGUUGAUGUCAGUAGGUUGUCUCAGAGUAAGAAUAUAUAAUAAAUGUCAGAAAGAACCAAAUCAUUCCAAGAUGGCGGUGUAACAGGUUUUAUUCCUAACGUUCAAAAGAAUAAAGUAACAGGUCUUCCUCCUCCGACCUGUCCGUCUCUCAAACACUUAUCCACGACCAGGAAAUCAGAAUUCACAGCUAAACCUGAGACUUUAAACCAGCAGUGAACUGUUGCAUAAUAAAAGUGUAACGAGGUCACAGCUGUGUGUUUAUGGAGAAAUUAUAAUCAGCUCAACAUCAGAAUCAGACACCUGAAAUAUCAUCACUUUAAAACUUCUUAUUUUUAUCAUACUUUUAUUUUUUAGUUCUGAAAUGACACAUUUAUUUUGGUGGGAAGAGGAAACAGUAUUUUAUCAAUUUCAGAAAUACAUUUGGUUUAAUGAUUUUUAUAUAUUUUUUCACAGUAUAUUUAUUGUUUUAUCACACGGUGGUUGUUUAAUGUUUCAGAUCCAUCGUCACAGAAAUAUUUCAAUUAAUUUACAGUUUUGUUUUUGACUGAUCGAUCAGUAUUGAUCUGUCCUGUUUACAAUGAUCAGAAUCAAGUGUUAACAAAACCCUCCCUGAACCAGAGGCUCCGCCCACCGUCCCCCUGACAGCCCCAGGGCAUGAUGGGACAUGUAGUCACUGCUCCACCUCCACUGUGUCUCUGCUGAUGAUGUCAGUCUCUGUCUACCUCCACAGCCCAUCUGCCAAUAACAGAAACUGAUGUCCUGUGAAAACCUCCUAACUCCUCUCAGGCCUGCACACACAGGCCCGCUGGAGUUAGGAGGUUUUCACGCUGCAGAAGCGAUGUAGCUGCCGUCUCUUUAAGGUUUUCAUAUUAAUAAGGUUGUUGUGUAAAAACACACACGUAUGCGUGCGUGCGUGUGUGUGUGUGUGUGUGUGUGUGUGUGUGUGUGUGUGUGUGUGUAACAUAUGACGAACCAGAGCUGAGAGCGUCGCUGGGAACAAGAGAACCUCAGACUGAGUCGUCUUCAGGAACACCGACCACAUGUUGAAGAACAACAGACUUUUACUGCCAGAUAUAUAAACAUAUAAACAUAUAUGAGGAGCUGUGAGUGGUGUCUGGUGCAGCAGGCUGAGACAUGUUAAAGAGGAAAUAGAAAUUAAACUGCUGCAGAGGUCAAGAGCAUAAACAGAACAAUUACAAUCAAAUAUUUAAGAUAUAUUAAUAAUACUGUAACUAAUAUGUAGAGUGUAAGUGUGCAGAAAUAAUUCAGCUUCUCUUUGUAUGAAAAUGAUCCUGCAGAGACCUGAGACGUCACAGUUGUGUUUGUUAAAGCUUGUUCAUCGUCAUCACUGGAUGAUUGACAGUUUAUGAACAGACUGUAACAUUCAAAAAUCUGAUUGGAAAAAAAGACAAACUGAAGAUCAGCGUAGCUAAUGCUCAUAUAGCAGCUAAUGCUAACAAGCUAGCCAUUUGUGUGACAUGAAUGUGACUUGAAACCAACUGGCUAACAGUACUCACAUAGCAGCUAAAAGCUAACAAGCUAGUUGAAGCUCUAAAUGGCAGUUUGAUUGCUGAACAUGAGCUAAUGCUAAUGUACCAGCUAAAGCUAGCUGCAGCUGUGUCUUUCCAGAGAUAACAGCACUUAAAAACAUUAAAAAAAGACCCUCAUGUUUCAUGCUAAUCCUGUGAACCAGAUGAGUCUAAGCUAGUGUAUAAAACUGUGACCAAAGAACCAGAUAAGGCUAACAGGCUGGUGUCUAAUAAUACAGUUAGUAAGUUUAUACAGACACUAGCCUGUUAGCCUUAUUUGGUACAUUAGCUUUAGCAACAGAUGUGUCGGUCUUAUGUUUAGCAUUACGAAAAUUAAAAACCAGCGCUAAUGCUAAUGCUAAUGCUAAUGCUAAAGUCAUCAGUCAGCAGCCCAAACACUCGCUAAGUUCAAAGAAACAGUUUCUCUUCACAGUUCAGAAAUACGUCUGUUUACAAAAUAAUUUUUGCAGAAUUUCUGUUAAUAAACUAAAAAUGUAUCAACGAAUUAUUUCAGUUUUAAUUAAGAUGAGGUUUAAUUUAUAAGGGCUAAAAAAACAUGUCUUAAUAUCUUAUCUUUAAGAUAAUCAAUAAGAAAGUUUUAAGGAUUAUUUUUCAAAGAACAUUCAAAUUUUACUUUUAAUUAAAAUACAAGUUUUUCUUCUUUGUCUCCACUAAUCAAGUUAAAUAAAAUAGUUUGUAAUAUUUAAAGUAGCACUGUUUAACAUUAAUCACUUCCUGUGGAUUUCACAUUAAAAGCAGCGUUAGAAAGUGUCAUAGAGAAAGGUUUUUUUUCCAUAAAUGAAUGAUAGAUUCAAACUUUACAGUAAUUAGACAGUGAAUAAGGGUGAUGCCAGCUGAGGACUUUUAUUCUGAAAUGAAAUGAUGUUUGAGUUUAAUGUGUUGUUUCCUUUGAGAUGAGCGUGGCACAUUUAAUCAUCUGUGCAGCUCUCAGAUCAGAUUAUAUUUCCUGCUGCAGUCAAACUCCCCAGAGCUCUCUGUGUCUCUGGAGACGUCUCUUCAGUUUAUUGGAGCGCUCUCCUCUGCGUGCUCGUCGUCAUGUCUCUGCAGGCUGAUUCUCAGGAGAGACGCUUUCAUUUCAGACUGACUGAGUUUGACCUGAAGUGGCUGUCUGACCUGAGGUAAACUCAGCAGGUCUCCUCAGGUGAAGGUCUGACUGAGCCAUCGACAUUUACUGGAAAACAAAUAUUGAUCUAAGUUUGAAGGUCUGUGGUUGUAAAUGAUCACAGCGGGUCCUGGAGACAAACUCUGUUCUCAGUGACGCUCGGCUCGUUUCAUGUGUCAGAGAAAGGUGAGCUGCACCUGCCGGCCGUCACUUUAAACCUGGAUUCACUCACUCAAUAACAGCAGUUAUUAAAUACAGAAUUAUAUUGCAUUAUUAUUAUGGACUGUGUUUAUUAUAAGACACGUCAGUUUUUGAUUUCACAGUCAAACCUGCAGAGUUCAAUGACCUGACCUCCACCCAGGAACAUGAAUCACACAGCUGCUUCCUGUUCACACUGAAUACUCACUUCACUGUGUUUGUGAUUUACAGCAGAGGCGUAUAUAUAUUGUCAUGUUCUUAUUCAUGCUGUCACUGCUUUGGGAACAUGUUUCCCUCUUUAUUCCGCCCACGUGGAGCCGGUUCUGUUCUCCUCUGGUUCUGAAACUAAACUGGAUCAGAACCUGAAGAGCUGCUUCACAGCUGGAGCCAAGCGGCUGUGACUCACCAGAGGAUCAACAUGAUAUUAUUAUGUUGUGAUUUAUUACCUUUUUUACCUUUUUGUCCACAAAGAACAAAUCGAUACUUAGCACAGUGUGACGAUACGAUUCUGCCUCACAGAAAUAUUGAGAUACUUUGCUGAAUUGAUUUUUCCCUCGAAACAAACCACAGCAGGUUUUCCUCAAACUGCGUGGUGACACGCAGCAAAGGCCACUGUAAGGACUCAGCCUGUAGGGGGCGCACACUCCACCAGGUGAGCCCGAGGUCGCCCAAACAGCUGUUACCACGACAACCAGAUGCUUUAUUCAUUAUUUUAGUUUCUAGUGGCGAAUAUUAUCAUAAAAACUGUCGUUAGCUAAUUAUGAACUAACACCACAGCAGGAGACGUCUUUGUUUUACAGUCAGAAAACUGCAGCGUCCAUCGUCUUUGGCACAUGAAUAUAUUCACGUCACAUUUAAUGUAUUAAAUGUUUUCCACGUAGAGUCAACGUGUUGAUUUAAGACUGAAUUUAAUGAAUCCAGAGUUUAACAGUAGAUUUUAUAUUAAAACGUUUCAGUCAGCAUGUUAAAGUUGAUCCGUGUUCGUGCAGCUCACCCUGCGCUUUUACUAUGAUGUCAUAAUGUGACAUCAUGCUGUGAUGUCAUGAAAUUUGUUUUUAUUUUUUUUAAAUUUUUUUUAUUUGAUUUGUUUUGGAUGUAAAGCACCGAUUCAACUUCCUGUUUGAGGAGUUUUUUUCCUGCUGUUGUACAGAAGAUGAUUAUGAUGAUGAUGAUGAUGAUGAUGAUGAUGAUGAUGAUGAUGAUGAUGAUGAUGGCGUCGUCUCACUGCUGUCUGUAUUGGAUCUAUAACCCUGUGUAAACUGAUCGGAGGUCAGUUGUGAUAUUUUUAUUUCCUGUCUGGUAAACACUGAAACUGUAGAAGAAGAAGUUUCCCUCCUCCUCUUCCUCUUCCUCCCUCUGUGCAGCACUUUGUCCAUGAAUGUGAACAGUCGACCUUUGACCUCCACAAGAGUCGACAAGACAUUUUCUGUUUGGUUUCUUCUUUGUGAACUGUCCUCUGAGGACCAACCAGUAACUCUGAUCAUACUGGUCCCAGUGAGUCCCACAGACGUCCUCUGAAGGAAGUGAGACGCAGCUGAGGAGACUCUGAAAGUUCAAGGAAAUAAAUGAAAUUAUCUGUUUCUGAUUAUUAUAAAUAAUUUAUGAUUAAUAAUAAAGUCAGUGUUUAGUGCAGCUGAACUGACGUUUGUGUUAAGCAUAUAUGAAAAUCACAUAUACUGAGAGUCAAGUUUCCAAUAAUAAAUAUUUACUUCAGAUUAAA